GUCAUUACAUAUAUUUAGGUAUUUGGUUACUUUCAUGUCUUGGCAAAAUUCUCUGUGUCUAAUCGUCUUUUGUGUAGAAUUUGACAGAGACUUUCCUACUAGCUUCUUCUUAUUACCUAUAUAGGAUGCUUUUAAUCUAGACUACAUAGCCAUAUAGUAAUUGUAUAUCUUUUCUCUUUUUUAUGUCCCAUUAUAUAGAGAUCCAUAAUCCAUUCUCUAUUAGAAAUUAACAACCGAAACCCAAAAAAAACCCUCUUAUAUUCUCUUCCAUCAUAUAAGAUCUUCUACACAGAUCUUAAUUCACCAGAGAGAAAGAAAGAGAAGUUUAUAUUGAUAUGGCGUCGACGUCCCAGGCCAUGGUGAACCAAGGGUUGUAUGAGGAUGAAGAAGCAGUACCAGCCCAGUUGGGUUUCUUUUCGUAUGCUCCAAACAGCAGUUAUUUGACCCUAAUCCCACCAUUGGUUUGCCUUAAAAAUUUCUCUUCUUCUUCUUCUUCUCCUCCUUCUUCUACAACUACUACUACCUUUUUGCCAUCCUCUAAUAAUAAUAAUAAUAAUCUGUCUCAUGAAACCCUACUUUCCUCUCUAAGCAGUACUACUGCUAAUUAUUCUAAGCAAAGAGAAGAUCACUUCUCUUUGUCUGAUCAUCAUAAUCAUUAUGAUUCAGGAUCCCAACUCCUUUCUUUGCAGAGAUCAACCGCUAAUUUACGGUCAUGGGGUGAUGUGAAUGAGUGCUUGGGAAGCAAGAGAUCAAGUAUCAUAAAUGGAGGGGAGUUAGGCCAUGAAUAUCGUGAUCAUCAUCAUCAUCAGCAUCGGCAUAUUGGGGUUUCAACGAUGAAGAUGAAGAAGAUAAAAGGGAGAAGGAAAGUGAGAGAACCAAGGUUUUGCUUUAAGACCAUGAGCGAGGUCGAUGUGCUUGAUGAUGGUUACAAGUGGAGAAAGUACGGACAGAAAGUGGUCAAGAACACACAGCAUCCCAGAAGCUAUUACCGUUGCACACAGGAUAACUGUCGCGUAAAGAAACGUGUGGAGCGAUUAGCAGAGGAUCCAAGGAUGGUUAUCACGACAUACGAGGGGAGACAUGUUCAUUCUCCAUCCCAUGAUCUUGAGGACUCUCAGUCUCCAUCUCCUUUGAGCAACUUCUUCUGGUAGUACUAUACACUAUAUGACUAACUAUAUAUAGAUAAAUAUAUGUUAAGAGCUUUGUCUAUUCGAAAAAGCCUCAUCACCUGUUUGCUGCCUCUUUGGACGUACUGUAAGAGUUCAUAAUAAUAGAAAAUAUGGGAUUGAUCUAUUAUCUUA